CACUUUCAACGAAAUAUUACUGCGCGAGGUGCAUGCAGUAUUGAUAGUUUGAAUUACAUCGAGUUUCGCAAACAUCUGCUGUCGUCACUAUAAACUCAGCGAAGAAUUUCGAGAUGCUGAAUUACAGCCUGCUUGUCAUAAUCUUUGUUUCAACAAUUGCAAUUCAUGGAAAUGAUGAGGCGUGUCCCUUGGGUAAAUAUGGUGAAACCUGUGAGGAAACGUGCAGCCCUAACUGUGCCCCUUCUCCUACUGACAAGUCAGUCCACUGUCACAAGCUGACGGGAAAGUGUUCAGGAGGAUGCAAGAGCGGCUGGCAUGGUGACCGGUGUAACAGGAAGUGCAGCAAGAACUGCCUCAACGGGGUCUGUGAUGUAUACGAUGGAACUUGCACAGCAUGUAGAGCGAACUAUUCAGGAGAUUAUUGUGAGACACACGGAAAUGGUGAGGUGUGUCCCUUGGGUAAAUAUGGUGUGACCUGUGAUGAAACGUGCAGCCCUAAGUGUGCCCCUGUUUCCACUAACAACUCAGUCCACUGUCACAAACUGACUGGAAGGUGUUCGGAAGGAUGCACUGAUGGGUGGCAUGGUGAACGGUGUGACAACCGGUGCAGCAGGAACUGUCUCAACAGGAUCUGUGGCGUACACGGUGGAGCUUGCACAGAAUGUGAAGUGAACUAUUCAGGAGAUUACUGUGAGACACACAAAGAAACACAGAAGUCAACUCUACUGGUUGCGAUACUUGUUCCCAUAAUCACCUUACUCAUAAUCAUCAUCAUCAUCUUCAUCGUUGUGUACAGAAGAAGACGCAGAAGAUCAAAUGGGCAACCUGAUGAGUCUAGUGCAAUGCUUAACCCUGAUAAAGCCUGCCAAGACCUCGACCCCUGCAUAGCGUACACCAACAUGACCGACAUUACGAGGGAUGUAUAUAACACGCCGCGGCAAGGCGACAGACUCAUCUGCGACCUCGACCUUCAGCCCGGGUGGUACCGACUGGUGGAUGGCCUGAUGCCGACACACUGCCUUCAGCCAUUCAGCUGCGGCACCCAGGCGCCAAUAUGGCUGAACGGAAGCGUACCUUUACAAGCGCAAGGCACCGUGCGCAUGACGGCGUGCGCGAAUACUAUUCCGACCAAUGGCAGCACAGGCGCUUGCUGCGGUACUAAGAUCCCGAUUGAUGUGCGGAACUGCGGGCAGUUUGUCGUGUACUGCCUCCGGCGUCCCCCCGCCUGCCCCAUGGCGUAUUGCAUAGAAUCGGCUCCGAGGAUGGCUUCUCCGCCAGUCCUCACCGGACCGGAAAUCAUCGGAGACCGCUUCCGGUUUGCUUGUGGCAUAUCCUUCCAGCGGGGCAUUCAGAACAUCGCCUUCAAUGUCACGUGGUCCUUUGACGGAGUGGACAUCCCAACUCGCCCCGCAGACAUCCUCACUGGGGACCAGAGAAUCGCUUUCCUUUACCAGGAGGCCUGGAGAGGCAACGUCGGCAAGACGCUCCGCUGCAGGGCCGAUGCUUACUACGUGACUACACCCAACGUCAGGAGCGCCAUCCUCACCAGCAACGGCUACUUCGGGGGAGUGAGGGUCGCGCCGCCGGUCGUGACUGUACGAGAGGCAGGGGGACCCCAGCAGAUCAACGUGACGUCAACGCUUCCGGUUUUGUGCACAGGCGCACAGCAACGUUGUAACAUUCACCUUGACAUUGACGUCACAGGCGGAAGUUGGGAGGACAUCGCGACAGCCAAUCAGUGCCUCCUCUUGCUGACACGUGACCACUGGGACCUCAACACCCGCACCGCCACCAUCUCCACCACCGUCCAAGCCACCAGGGACUUCGUUAGGGACGGCAACCAGGAACUCCAUGUCACCUUCAUCGCCAACUACAUCAACGCCCCGGACAUCUGGCGGGGCUACAGACUGCCUCGACUCAGGGUAUUCACAGUGGAUGGGGAGACGCGACGCUGCUCGGCAUUUGCAGAUCCACACAUCAGAACAUUCGAGGGUCGAGACACCUUGCAUCUCUACGAGGUCGGGGACUUCGUACUGCUGAGGAGCACGCAGCGCCAGUUUGAGGUGAACAUCAGAACCAACGAGUGCGUGGGUCGCGCCUGCGUGUGUGCCGUCGCCAUCAUGGACGGCCCUGACACCAUCGCCAUCGACGUGUGCCGCCAGCGGUGGGGUGCCCCGCCCGCCCGGGUGCGGAUUGUGUCAGGGGGGAGCCUGGCUGCGGGGACACAGAUCAAGCGGACGAACGACGGCAGGAACUUUAUGAUAUCCUUCGCGUCAGGGUCAUGGCUACGCGUGCAGGACUUCGCCACGUAUAUCAACGUGGAGGUGCAGGUGCCGGCGGAGGACUUCGGACACGUGCAGGGCAUAUGUGGCACGUUCGACGGUAACCCUGACAACGAGCUGAGAGGCCCGGAUGGACAAACGUUCGAGCUCAACAAUAACGUCCCCACUCUGUUCUUCCGAUCCUGGAGACUCCGAGUAGACCAGAGUUUGCUGAACGGUGCUACUCGCUCCCAACCCACCAGACGCGUCAUCAGAUACGACAACGUCAACAUCGUCACCCAGUGUCUGUGCAACAACAUCACUAGGACGGCUGACUGUGGAAACAACAGAGUGAUACAAGACCCGGUCAGAAAUCUCUGCCGGUCGUGUCACGAUGUCACGGAUAGAGUUGUAACGCGGACUCAAAAUGCAUCGGUGAUAGACGACGACAACGACGAGCCUGCAGUCCGCGUCACCGGCCCCACUGCCGUCCCCGACAGGCCCAACUUCAGGACGAUGAUUAACUUUAACUUCACGGCGAGCGUGGGUAUCAACGUCACAAUCCUCACUCCAGGGGCUGAGGUUAACCCCUUUCCCCGCUUCAACCCCAACCUCCCCGUGCAGCCUCAGAUCACCCAGGCCCGCGCCAACCAGCUGUGCCUCACCGCCAUCGCAAACUUCACCCUCGGCGUCAGGUGCGCCACCAUCGUCGGCUUCGACACCUCCGGUUUUGUGUCUUCCUGUGUUGAAGACAUGGUUGCAGCACAGACGACCGUCUUCCUGCAGGCGUCGGUAUCCGCCCUGGAGGCGGGCUGCCAGGAAGCCAUAUUGAGAAACAUCAGCAACUUCGGCACCGACGGCCAAGGGAGACGACUCCCACCACCAGAAGUUACCAAGAACAUCUGUCCCAACCAGUGCAGCUUGAGGGGCGUGUGCAGCGCCGGCACGUGUCUCUGUGACGAGGGCUUCACUGCGCCAGACUGCUCCGUCCAAGUCGCGAGACCGCCACAGAUCAUCCGGAUUAUGAGGAACGGCCUGUGCAACUCUCGGAGACGUCCCUGUCGCAUCGCCUUCCUCAUCGUCGACAACUUCCAUGAAACUCCAAACAUCGCAUGUAGAGUGCGGGAUGUUAGAAUAGAUAACGGCAACCUGACGCCCGGAAACAACUUCUCGAUCGUCCCCGCGGAUUUCGAGAGUUCCCGAGAAGUCGGCUGUCACCUCCCUGAUGCCAGAGUACCUGAAGACCGGGCGCUGCAUGGGUUCCUCAUCUCACUCACAACAAACGGGGCGCUGUUCAGUAACGAGGUGCUCUACGUGGUGUACGACUCCCGCUGUCUCGCCUGUAACAGGAUGGGCCAGUGUGGCAUCAGGAACGAUACAUGUCUCAUAGAAGGCACGUGCAGACGUGCACGUGAGGAGAACCCGAGGAACCCCUCGGAGCUGUGUGACCCGGAUAGAGACCAGGAGAGAUGGACCUCGUCACUGUCAAGACUCGCGGCCUUCCCAGCGCCAUGCCUUCCUACCAACAACAGAUUCGACAGAUGGGACAUCUGGACCAGCAACCAGACUGGCUGUCCAUGCUUUUUCGACAAGAACCGGACCGACUGCGCGUGUUGUGAGGCUGGUGCCUGUCAGUGCCCGGAUCCGAACCCCAACCAGUGCGCCCUGUGCAGUCAGGAAGCCCGCCUGUGCGGCACACGUCAGACGUCCCCUGAGAACGGGGUGGACGGGUGGACCCUGUCACUCACCGGGUGUCAGUGCGCCUUCGACCCCUCGCGGACCGACUGCGCAUGUUGCCAGAACGAAGGCUGUCUGUGCGGGCUGGAACACCGGAACCAAUGCUCGCCGUGUGGACGACCGGAAGUCUGUGGAUCGAAACCGGAUGUGUUUGGCGGACUGCGGGUCCACGGCUGACACCAAGACUAGAUCUCCCUGUUCAUUGCUCAUGGAUUUCCUGGAGGUUGACAACUGGUCAACAUUCCAGAUUAUCCCCACAGUUACCGAUGCGAGGAUUACCUCAAGUGCAUGCCCUCUGUAUAAACCGAUCUGUGUACAGAUCACACAUAUCGUACUCCCUCACACUGACCACAAUCACCCUGACAACCAAUACUCCUGGUUGUUAGGGCCGUUGCCUAGACACAGGUUCCAUACCGUGUCAGUAUCCUACUUAUGUAUAUAAAAGUACUUGUACAUAAACUGUUUUUUAUAUUUGUACUUUUGAUAUCUGAGUUAAAUAAAGUUUAUUUUCUA